GACAAGGGACGGGGUCUCGGGCAGCACCGGGGCUCAGGCCGCUUUCCCUCCUGUCCCCGCACAGGGUGCCAGCCCUCCCGGUGAAGAAUCUCAAUGGCACCGGCCCAGUGCAUCCCGCCCUGGCAGGCAUGACGGGCAUCCUGCUGUGUGCGGCGGGGCUGCCCGUGUGCCUCACCCGCGCGCCCAAACCCGUCCUGCACCCGCCGCCCGUCAGCAAGAGCGACAUCAAACCCGUGCCCGGCGUCAGCGGCAUCUGCAGGAAGACCAAGAAGAAGCACCUCAAAAAGAGUAAGGAGGGAAACCGAGGCACGGGCGCUGCGGGACCCUCAUGUGAUGGGCUUGCGCUGUGUGGGGACAGAGUGCUCCACGCUGGCAGGCUCGCUUGGGCCGGAGGCAAUGCUGGGGAAUCCUGAUCUCCCGUUUUCCCCCUCUUUUCUUCCCUCCCCACCCGCUCCCAGGACGGGAGCCUGCAGUGUCCGACCUGCAAAACCAUCUACGGGGUGAAGACCGGGACUCAGCCGCCGGGGAAGAUGGAGUUCCACCUCAUCCCGCACGCGCUGCCCGGCCAUGCUGACUGCAAAACCAUCCGCAUCAUCUACAACAUCCCGCCGGGGGUGCAGGGCCCAGAGCAUCCGAACCCCGGGAAGAACUUCACGGCCCGCGGCUUCCCGCGACACUGUUACCUGCCAGACAGCGAGAAGGGCAGGAAGGUACUGAAGCUGCUGCUGGUGGCCUGGGACCGGCGCUUGAUUUUUGCCAUCGGCACCUCGAGCACCACGGGCGAGUCGGACACCGUGAUCUGGAACGAGAUCCACCACAAGACUGAGUUCGGCUCCAACCUCACCGGCCACGGCUACCCCGACGGCAACUACCUGGACAACGUGCUGGCCGAGCUGCGCGCCCAGGGCGUCUCCGAGGCCAACAUCAAGGACUGA